GGUUUGCAACAACUGUGAGAUUCACUGCUACUUCUUCAUCCACAUGAAGUGGCUGUUCUUCAGUUCUCUUCCCCAGAGGAACAUCUCUAUUUCCCAGAAGCCUUAUGCACAAACACUGUGGUGUUUUGUUACAACCGAAGGAGCAUUACGCUGUCUGGAUGUAUCUUUCCAUUGGUAUCUGAGUAAGGAUGUGCAAUUUGCUGCACAUACACAUAGAAUAUAUUCUGCACACAUUUUAAAUCAUCAGAAGCAAAUUUAGAUUACAAAGGAAAUAUAAUUCCACAAUCUAAAAGGCAACUUUGAUCUCCAAACAUUCUAGGAGGAAGAAUAUAACCAUCUGUACAAAGAUGGAGCCUAAUGGAUCAGUGAAACUCAUGAAAGAAAGAAAUCCUUUCCAGAAUAUGCUUCUACACACACUAAGUGAAGCUGCAACACUUAAACUAUGCUUCUUAACUCACUGUCUAAAUGAGUGGUCCUUUACUCAUGUGAGGAGGCUACAGGUCUUUUGUAGAACCACCAAAACAAACCUUAAUGAGAAGCAGACGGAGCUCUCUGAGCUGAUUUGUUGUCAGUGUUAAAGAAUGAAGCCAAUACAUUUGGGACUCGUCUUCGCCUCAUCCUUUCAUGUUCUCACAAGCUAAGUCUCUUUGAUGAUAGCUCACUGCGAUGGCAAAAGUAAACUCACCAGACCUCCAUCACCGUUGCCGGGGGUGACAGUAUCCAAAUACGUGCUGUAGCUUGGCAACAGUGCCCAAACAAAGGGCUCGCGGCUUGCGAGUUGAUUUCCUGGCUGUGUUGAAGAUGAGCGGACCUGGCAGCAGCCUUAAUGAAAAAGUGGUCAAGCAAAAUGGAGACCCAAGAGACCAUCUCGCUGUGUUUACCAAUACCCACGCCCCAGCAGGGAGUCCUGAAACAAGGCUAUUGUCCGCCUUCAAGAAAGACACUCACACCAGGAAGGCUUACCUGGCAGGGAGAGAGUAUUACAGCGAGGAAGGGAAGACCUUUGAACUGCGUCUUGUUCGAAAAAUAAAGCAACAGCGAAGCGCUGAUCCCACUUCUCGUCCGGAGUAUCCAUCCUCUCUUGGUGUGACAGAGUUCACCAGGCGAGCCACGGAGGUCGCUUUGGGGAAGAGCGCUCGAGCUAUAGUGGAGGAUCGGGUGUUCGGUGUCCAAACACCUGGUUUUACCGCUGCUGUGCGUCUUGGGGCUGAACUCUUGAAACACUGGUAUGAUGCCUGUGCUGUUUGGUGCGGGCCGGUCUACCUCUCUUCCCCCUGUGAUGACUCAUUGGCUGGUAUCUUCCAGGCAGCAGGGAUUCAAGAUAUCCGUGAGUAUUAUUACUGGGAUUACAAGCAGCGGGGAAUUUGUUUGGAGAAGCUUCUGGAGGAUCUGGCGAAGGCUCCGGAGCAAAGUGUCAUUGUUCUGUCAGCAUCUGCCCACUAUCCUACCGGAGCAGACCUCACUCAGAAUCAAUGGGCUCUGAUUGCAAAUCUCAUCAUGAGGCAUAGGCUUUUCCCUUUCUUCUUGCUGCCUCCUCAGGCGCUCUGCUAUGGAGAUUUAGAGCGGGGUGCCUGGCCUGUUCAGUACUGUGCAUCGCAGGGGAUGGAGCUCCUCUGUGCUCAGUCGUUCUCCCACUGCUUUGGACUAUAUGGUGAGGCUGUCGGGCACCUUCUGUGCGUCUUAAAGCAGAACUCCCUCCUGUUUUCCAUGGAGUCUCAAGCUGACAAAAUAGUGAGGUCGCUCUGGGCGCAGCCAUCCGUAGGAGGAGCACAUGUUGUUGCCACAGUGCUCAGUAACCCAGCCCAUCUUGUUGAAUGGAAGGAAGAAGUAAAGUGCAUUGUGGAGAGAUGUAUGCUGAUCAGAGAAAUUUUGAGAGACAGGCUGAGGCUUUUGGGAACUCCGGGUUGCUGGGACCAUCUGACUCAGCAAGGUGGACUCUACUGUUUUACAGGCUUGAAUGGUGAGCAGGUAGAAUUUUUGUCUAAGAAGAGACACGUGUAUCUGCUCCCCAGUGGCUGUCUAAACGUGAGCGCAAUCAACAGUCGUAACUUGGACUAUAUCGUCGAGUCCAUUCAUCUGGCUCUGACCACGUCCUUCUGACCAUGUGGCUUUCGGACAAGCACUACAAUCAGUGUCAAAGGGGCUUUUCAGUCUGACUGAAUUUCUCAUUUAAAUCAAACCUUUCAUGUGUCACAGUUUCAAGACUAUGGUUAUUACAAUUGUAGGUUCAGCUAUUGCAAAGUACAUCUGGUAAACAUACAGAAAAAUGGAGAGCAACAUAUGAUUGCUUAUUGAAUCAUCCCUGCCUUUUCAUGACAGAGGUGCAAUCUAUCCAACUAUAAAGCGAGGAAGCAAGUCUGUCUGUGUGUUCUUGGCAUAUCUCGAGAACGGCUCAUCUGAUCCACUUCACACUUGGAGGGUGUAUUGCUGGGGACCCAAGGGAGUACUUUGAUAAGUUUGGUGCAAUUUCGACACGCGACAAAUUCAAUAUUUAUAAACUUUGAAUAAACAAGUGAACAGCGCUCUGUGCCGCAGCGGGGGUGGGGCUUCAGGGCUCUGCAUUCCAGCAUGUUGUCUGCAGCUUGUUUUCAAGGCCCCCUGUAGCGGCUCUCCCCCGUUUGAAAAUGAUCACAGCUAAUUUCCAAACAGACAUUAUUUGGAUAAACCCACCACGUAUUGGGAAUCAAAAUGGUUACUUCCUUGCAUGGAAACAUAUUAUAACCAAAUAAAGUGACAUAUUGACAGUCCUCAAAACGUUCUUUCUUAAGUCAAACUUUUAAGACCGCUCAGUAGAAAGUCCUGCAUCAGCAGAAUGUACUGAGUACAUUUGUCGGUCAGGUAAAUGUAUUAUAGUAGAAUGUUUUCCUCUGAAGUAGAACUACAGUAAGAAGUAUGCAGUUGAGUUGCAUAUUUUGCACAUUUUUAAAUGCUUUGGUAUUCUUUUGUAAGUUAUUUUGGGGUACAAUGAGUUAGAAUAGUAACAUAAUUCAAUAUUUUUCAUAUCCAAACAUAAUCAAUCAAUGGUUGUUUGGGGCCCUUUUAGUCGGGUCUCCAGGCCCAGGUUGCCUACCUUGUUUCAAGGUAAAGUCUGCCCUGGUGUGUUUUCCUGAACCAGAGUCUUCACUUCACUGGUGUUUCUCACCGUGAGUAACCGCAACUUGGGUAUGUGAUGCAACUACUACUGCCAUGGCAGCUGAGGACCCGAGAAAGCACAGAGUUGAGUGGGAAGUUGUUUGUAUGAGCUGUUCUCGAGAAAGCUGCGAGCAGCAAACAUUCAACCUGUGCUGAAUAGGCUUUUUUUUUCAGCUCAGCCAUAGUUAAAAUAAUAAAACAGUGAUGGAUUCAAAAUUUGUGUUGAGAUUUUGUUGCUUUACCUGCUUUUGUCUGCAGCAAAUAUUGUCAGUCACUCCAAGGUUUACAGGUUUAAAUGUAUAGAUAUAUAUAUAUAUAUAUUUACACUUUUUACACAGCUGGGCACGCUUUGUCUCCUAUUGUUUAAUCCGUACACAAAUGUAAAAUUAAAUGUAAAAAUAUUCAUUUGUGGUUCUACAAAGGGAAAAAACAAAACUGCAGUUUUUAAGUGUUUGCUUUUGUAUGGAAUAAUGAUGAAAUUUGUAAGAUCAGGCCACAUACUCCAAAGAAGUAUAGGGGGCAGCAUUUCCCUCUAUAACUGGGUCCAUACAAUCUAAAAAAGUUACUGUCAUCAGUUAUUUAAAAAAAGCCAACUACUAACUUACAGCAUGGCAAGAAUAUGCAAAACUCCAUCAAACAGUUGAAACUGGAUUAAAUCCUAAGUGGCAGAAACGAGAAAAGAACCCACAACCUGUCCUGCUGGGUGCUGCAGUGACUCACUAUUGCCUCUCGAUGUACAAGUGGUAUUACAGUUCAGGAAAGGCCGCGGCUAGCUGGUUAGCAUGCUCAUUUCAGUAGAUCUUUCAUACAUGUCUUUGACAUUAUGUUAACAGCGUUAUUCCUUAACAUUCUGUUGAUAUUGUUAGUUCAAUUUUUGAGAAAUUCUGGCCAUGUCUUACACAAUGCACCUUUAAACAAAGGAGAAACAAACAAAUGUUAGAAUGGUAUCGAUCUUCUAACUUAACUCUUGGUAAGAACUUGACUAACUGUAUUUCCCAUAAUGUCAAACUAUUCAUUUACGUAUGUAGUGGACAUGUCAUCUAUAUGUUAAUGUCAUGAAUGGGUGUGAGUCAUUAUAUAUUAAACUAACAUCAGUGAGUUGUUCUAUAGUUUUCAAUUUGUAAAAUCAAUGAAGGUAUAUUAUGUUUGUGUGGCUAUAUUACUGUACUCCGUUCAUCUGUAGAAGACCACCAGACCACUUACCAGUAAGAUCUAUUUAAUAUAAGGUGAAUUAAGAGCUCACCAGUGACCAUGAGAAACAUUUAGAGGGAAAGGCCUUGUUCAAACAGCAUAUAUUGGUUACUGCCUUCAAAUAAAAGGAUUAAAUAAGGAUGCUAUAUAAACCCAAUGCGUUCACAGCAGAUCUCAGCUGCUUUUAUAAUUUAACUGGGUUGAAGGCCAUCCAUUACACUGUGAUUUUAAUGGACUCAGAAGCUCAUUCAGUGAGUGACUAAGGAUGCCUCAGUGUUCUACUGAACAACUCAGCUGUUUGUUCCAGCAGUAGUCCGAUUUUUUAGAUGUGGUUUUUUGAUUUAGUAUCUUUCUGAUGUUAUUCAUGUCUCAAAUGGCAUUUUAUGUUGUUAUGUAUUAGUUGUAAUGUGUUUUCUGUCUGUUGUGCACUGUGGAAACUAUGUCUAUUGUUGUCUGUAUGAGUCGAUUUGGUGGAAAAUGAGUUUCCCCACGGGGAAUUAAUAAAGCUU